GUAGUUUACAAUAGACCUCAAAAGAAAAUCUUUGAAUAUAUGUAGUGGGUGACGUUCAAAUAUGACUUCAUUACCGUUUCUAUUGUGAUAUAACGAACUAAAUAUAUUUUCCUUUCGUAUUUUACUUGAUUUCGAAUUGCUAUGGAACAAAUUCAUGACUUUGGUGGUGUCUUACUGUCAAUGCCGAACAUCCGGUUAGUGACAGCUAAGUGGUUGAUAGAGGCUGCCAAAAGAAAAGAAAUGCCUAACUCCCGCAGUUGUUCGUAAUAUAUGAAAUUUUAGAUUUACAGAAUUACUAGAAUGAGUGGAUGGAUUUGCUCUUCGAUAAGUGUAGUUAGGCAAGCUCAGAGAAUUAGGUAGCCUUCGUAGGUAAAUCAUACGAAGACAAAUAUGGCAUCCAAUGGAACUUGCAACUUGGAAAAGGCAACAGUCGAGGAAUUAAAACUGGAAAUUGAACGACUUAAUCGAGAAUUAGAUCAAGCUAGUAGUGAAAAGGUUCAGUCUGCUCAGUAUGGUUUGGUUUUACUGGAAGAGAAAGAAGCGUUGCAACUAAAAUGUGAAGACCUAGAAGCUUUGUAUGAGAACUCCAAGCAUGAUCUUGAAAUAACUCAGGAGGCUUUAGCAAAGUUCCAAACUAGUCAUAAAGUGACUACUAAAACAGGAAUUGAGCAAGAAGAAUCACUCUUGUCAGAGUCGGCUGCUCGUGAAACAUCUCUCAAUUCUCAGAUAUUGGAUUUAGAAAAUGAAACAAAACAGUUGCGGCAAGAACUGGAGCGUGUUAUUAAUGAGAGAGAUAGAGUGAUGCAAGAAAAUUAUGAUUUAGAUAAAUUUAAAGAAGAAGGAGAGUUGGAAAGAAAAAAAAUGCGUGGAGAAUUGAAAGAACUGAAAUUCCGUGAAACAAGACUCAUUACAGAUUAUUCAGAAUUAGAAGAAGAAAAUAUUAGCUUACAGAAGCAAGUUUCUGUCCUUCGAUCAUCACAAGUGGAAUUUGAAGGUGCCAAGCAUGAAAUAAGAAGGCUGCAGGAAGACUUGGAUCUACUCAAUCAGCAGGUUGAUGAGCUCACAAAAUUGAAGAAGAUUGCCGAAAAGCAAAUGGAAGAAGCUCUGGAGUCUUUGCAAGCUGAAAGAGAAGCUAAAUAUGCUUUGAAAAAGGAAUUGGACCAGAGAAUCAACAAUGAAUCAAUGUAUAAUCUUAGUAAUUUGGCAUUCAGCAUUAGAGGAAUAACGGAUGACCAGGGAGUAGGAAGUGACGGUGAGGAUGAUCUCCCGGUUCUGAAGAGAAUUGAAGCAGACUUAAAGAGUGGGUCCAGUGCAGAAAUCAGCUCUCCAGAUGGAAAACAAGUGGAUUUGUUCAGUGAAAUUCACCUCAAUGAAUUGAAGAAACUAGAGAAACAGUUGGAGCAGGCUGAAAAUGAGAAGCUGCUCCUGACACAAAAUCUCCGGGAAUCACAGGGUAGUGUGGAGCGUUCACAGGCAGAGCUACAGGUACUGAUGGCACGACUCCUGCAGUUGGCUGCUCAUGUUGACUCUUUGUAUCACCUGCGCCAGCAAGCUGACAAAGAAGUCCAGAAGGGGAAAGACUUAAAUGUGGUGCUGGAGAAAUUGAGCUUGGCUCUUUCUCAAUAUGAUAAAUGGUUUGCUCUGACAUCAAAGGAAAUUGAUCAGCUGCGGCAGGAUCUUCAGGAAAUGGAGAAAGGCCUUAGCUGCAGUGAUGCCACCCUUCAGUUACGUACUGAGGUGACCAAUCUAAAGAACAAGCUUCUGGAUGCAGAGCAGUGGUCCCAAGAACUGCAGACAGAUGUACGUUUAUUAGGAGAGCUUGCUGGUGAAGCAAGCAAUUCUCUGGAUACUGCGCAAAAUGAUCUGCAGACUAUUUCAGAUGAAUUAGCUCAGCUCUACCACCAUGUUUGUACUGUAAAUGGUGAAACUCCCAGUAGAGUGCUUUUGGAUCAUGAAAAACAUGGUGGUAUGACACCCAGUGGAGACAAAGAAAUUUGUCCAGAAAUUGGGAAAGAGGAAUUCACUCUUUCCAAAAUCGAGCUUUUGCGAAGCAGGUUGAAAACAGACAUUCCAUUGAAGGACUUGGAGUCAUUAAAUGAUGCAGCUGCAAUGGCAAAAACUGUGGAAACCAUAUUGGAUCAGAUCAAACACUUACGUGCUGCUGUUGAAAACACAAUUGAACUGUCAAAGAUUAAGAGAAACAAUUUGGCAGAUGUUUGUAGCAAUGACUCAAAGGAGGCAGAGCUUCAAGAACUUCAAGAGCAAGUAAUCAAAUUGAAAUCUUUGUUAUCAACAAAGAGAGAACAAAUUGCUACCCUUCGGACUGUUUUGAAGUCUAACAAGAAUACUGCAGAAGUAGCCCUUACAAAUCUCAAAUCCAAAUAUGAAAAUGAGAAAUCUAUUGUUAGUGAAACAAUGAUGAAACUGAGAAAUGAAUUAAGGCUUCUUAAAGAAGAUGCUGCAACAUUUUCAAGUUUACGUGCCAUGUUUGCUGCACGUUGUGAAGAAUAUGUAACCCAGGUAGAUGAACUGCAACGACAACUGGUCGCUGCUGAAGAUGAGAAAAAGACCUUGAAUCAACUGCUGCGACUGGCAGUGCAGCAGAAGUUGUCCUUGACUCAACGCCUUGAAGAGUUGGAAGUUGAUCGUGAAAUGCGCAAUGCACGAAGGCAUCCUGUUGGUGCUGGAGGCCGUGGUGGGAAGACUCGUUUCCCACAGCCUGGACGAUCACAUUCGGGCCGUGACUACUAGCCUCGUAGUCGGCGCUUCCUGGCCUGCGUUUUGGCCUUACUCCUGUGAGCGUGGUACUCCCACCUCUCACCAUCUGUGAAGCUCUCUUGGUUGGUUGGUUUCUUUCGUGAGUAAUGCAGAAUUGUCCAAAGCAAUAGUCUUUGUGUCAUUGCCUUGGUGCUCCAUGCUGAAAGAACCUGAAGAAUUGCUGUUGUUUAGCUACUUCAGUGGUAUGUGCAGGAUGCCUGAGUUAUAACUUCGCUGUGAUGCUGCACUGAGUAAGAACUGGAGUAAUCUGUUUUCUGAUUGGUUGCUCUAGUGGUCCACUUACAUGAACCUGUAGAGUAGAUGCAAGUCUGAUAAGGGUUUUGUUCUGUACUGGGGACAGUACAUUCAGAGUAACUCGCUCACUACUUGAAGCGCUCUGUUGCCUGUUAUUGGUGAUUAUCACCAAUUCUGUUUUAUAUGCUUGAGAGGACCAAAUCCUAAACACAAUCCUUGAAGAUGAAUCUCACAUAGAUAUUUGUCUUAACAUACUUUGUACAUUUUAUUGUCGUUCAGAAUCGUGCUUUGAAGAGGAGUAUGUGCAGAGUUCUGGUGCCUAACUGCGUGAGCCGUUAUGUAUGUACAUUCGAGUUAGUGUCAAGAUAGUCAUUUAAGAAGAAAGGAGAGUUUGUCUUGUUAUAGGAAACUAGAGUAAAAUUAAAGUAAACAUAACUUAUUGACUUAUUUUAAUUAGAUUUUAAUCAUGUUGUACACAUUCUUUUGUAAUAAUGCUGGAGGUGUGUUAAUUGACUCUGUACCAAGUGGUACAGUAUAAUUCUUUAUGCUUAGGCCAUGAUUCCAAGACUGACAUUGUAACAAGAUUAAUGCAGUUCUGUUUAAAGAACCCUCUGACUUUUCAUGCCAAGCACAGCAUUCAUAUUUGGUGAAAUGGUGUGGUUCUGAGCAGGAAUGCUUGUUAUUCCAUUUUGUUUCUUUCUGCAUAGAUUUUUCCAUAUUGAAAUCAACUUAAUAUACAUUUAUAUGGUUACUAUUCGUAGCUUGGGUUUUGACAAUUUGCUGUUGACUUUCUUAUUUAAAGAGUCUGUGAAAUAUGUAGACAGUAGCUGGCUGAUUGUCUAGCAGUUAGGUGGUGGCAUAUCUAACCAGCUGUAGAUAAAGAUUGUUUUGGACUCCAUAGCUUAUUGGAAUUGUCUCUAUUGCUGUUGCCAGUCGUAUCAAGAUUGUCAUUUACCUCUGUAGUGAUCUUAACAGUGCAGGAAAUAUAAGUACUAUAUACAAUUUGACUGUGCAAUAUAAUCCUUUGUUGCAACUGUAACUAAAAUUAUACAAAACCACUGCAAUGGCUUACUUCUAGUAUUGUAGUUUUUUUGAAUUUGCAAUUUAUUCUAAAGGCAGCUAUUUAAUGUACUCAGAGAAUAUCAUGAUAUUAAAACUAAUCAUUACUAGUAUUGUGGGGCUACUAUCUCUGUCGGGAAGGGUGCUUAUUUUAAGGGGAACUAAUGGUGGUAGGAGUCAUUUUUUAUUAUACCUUUGUAUUUUUGGACGCAAUUAAAUAAUUUGCUUGCAUGGGUACAAAGAAAUAGAUGCUUUUGUAGUAAACUUUGAGGCAUCUCUUAGUGAUCUCUUGUUAUUUUAAUGUGUUUGAGCCAUGUUUUAUGCUUGUUAUAUUUUAAACAGUUUAUGUUGGAAGGUUCAAGUGAAGUUCUUGUUUGUAAUAUAACCUAAAUGUCAGUCAUGCAGUGGUGUUACAGGCAGUUACCAACUUGAUUUGAAUUUAUCUUACAAGAGAAAUAGCUAAAGGAGGUGCUGUUGGCAAUAAAUGAUCAAUGGUAAAUGGUGAAAUUUUCCUUUUGUGAAUAGGUCCUUGAUGCCAAAUAGAAAGGUUGUGUGGUCAAUUGUGCCAGUUUCCUGUUUAAUUUUCAAGAUUUAUUGUUUCUGAAUGUCUUUCCUGGGUAUAUUAGAGAUGUCAAAUAAUUGAUAUAGGAAUUUUAUAAGAUUAAAAGGAUAAAUUGUUAUUAAUAUAUUAAAUCUAGAGACAGGGAAUGCAAAUGUGAAAAGACUAUUCAGAAACUCCUUGGUAUCAAAGACCUAAACUAUAUAUUAACUGACCAAGUACAUGUUAAACCAGUCACAAUGACUUUGCCAGAAUUGAGCAUGUAUAACUAAAGGAAGAUAAUAAUUUUGCCUUUUCUUUGAUAAUAAACUUUUGAAGUUCCAUCCUAUCAGAGCAAGAUUUCUUCUUCUGUGAACUUAUUAAAGAAUAUCUGUGGUUGUUUGGAGAAUUCCUAAUAUAAUGGGAUUUGUAAUAUAAAUACUAUAAAUAAAAUAUACAUUAUUUACAA